CUACUCUCCCUCCAUUCAUCCAAUUCAAGAUGAACUCAAUAUAUAAAAAAAGAAGACUCGUUCACAAUCUUGAUAAUACUAACUCGAUGGCUCUCAGUAUUAAAAAAAAGGGUUAAAAAACUGGAUUACGUUGAAAUGGAGUCGGAGAUUUUCCCACUAAAAUACGGUCCAUGCCUUCCGGGAAGCCGCCGAAGCAAACAUAAAGUAGAAACCACCUUCCCCUCACCAACUCACCAACUGGAGUAAAUUUUUUUUUUUUUUUAUGUUUACGGAAAAACAGAGCAUUUGGAUAUAUUAUUAUUACAUUGAUGCCCAUUAAAUUUCCCUGAAUUUUGGAUCCACUUUUAUCAUUUUUCGUCCUGAUUUUUCUCUCUAUUUAUUCGGAACUUCUUUUCCAACAUCUUUCUCUAUCUUCGUUUUUUCCCUUCUCCAUACCGUCUAUUUUUAUCCCUUUCACUCCCCACAGGCCACAACUUAGCUCUCUUCCUUGUGCCGUUGUCUCAGAUUCAGGUAAUUUCCUCUUCUACGGAAUAUAUGGCUUUUUUUAUUUUUUGCUUUACUUGCCUGGAUAAUUUUUGGAGGUGAUGCUUAUGUGAAUUGUAGCCACUAUGGAUCUGUUUUUUCAGAUUGAGCUUAACUUUCUCAGCUAUUAAUCUGAUGGGUUCUGCAUAAAGUUUUAAUCUUUGCUCUUCCUAACAUUGUGUUAAGAUGAGUUUUCAAUGGAUAAAAAGAUGAAUGUUUUUUUUCUUCCCCAGCUCAAUGAAACAUUCCUUAGUUUGUUGCUUAUGCGUAUGGUGAAUUUAAUUUGUCGUCCCAUGAUUUUGGAUCUGUUUUUUUUUUUUUUUAAAUUUUAUUUGUCUUUAAUUUAGUUCAAUUUUCUUAGCAAAUGAUUUUAUGGGUUAUGAAUAAAGUUUCAAUUUUCUCUCUGCAUAACAUUGUAUUUUGGUGAAAACUUGUGAUCUUUCCAUGGAAAGAAGAUGAAUAUUUACUGCCAACAGAAGCAUUAUAUUUUGUUAGUAGUUUAUUAACUCCCAAUGUCCCUAAAAAAAUAGUCCACUUUGAGUUUUAAGAUCACUAUAAAUCUCAAAACUCAAUGUGGAUUAUUUUUUUUGGAUAGAGGCAGUAUUAUUUAAAUUGAAUCAACUUUCAAUCAUUUGAUCUGCUGGAAGUCUUUGGUGAUGGGUGGAUCUGACUAUCUUAUGUUGUUUUGCUCUUCCUAGUGAUUUUUUCCCCCCUUUUUCCAUUUAGGGUUGAUAAAUUAUGCAUUCAGAGCGAUUGCAUCGAGCAACUUUUGUAGUUUUGCUCUGCCUACUUUUAAAAGGUAGAAGUUCUCUUGUUAAUCUACACAAAGCAAAAAUUUGAUGGAAAUUGGUGGAUAGGAGUCCAAACUAGCUCUAACUUUGUAAUUUUAUAUGGGGAACAUUGUUUGUGUGAGUUAUGGAAGCUAUUAAAAUAGCUACUGUUUGUUAGAAGAUUAUGUUUCUACUUGUGUAGUGGGAAUCUCAUUGGUGGGGUUCUAAGAAACGGGGUGAUUAUUUAUGCACAUCAAUAUCUUUGAGUUGUUACACCUAAUCAUCUUUGGUGGUGUUACUCAUAAUCUUCUGCUCAUUUGACUUUUUGAAUGCUUCUUGUUCUUUUGAGUUUUGCAAUUUCGUAGUUUGUUCUGUUGUAUAAAUGGUUUCAAGUCGUAGGGCUUUUGAAACGCUCAGGUUAGCCUUUUCUUGCUUUCUCUAGUUAUGUUCUUAUUUGUAUUGAUCUCAUAUACUGCAGUUAUUGGAUUUGAUUGAAGCAAAAUGGAAGUUAGAGGAGGCUAAGUGCUAUGUUCUAUGGCAUUGUCUGGUAUUGUCUCUCUCUCUCUCUCUCUCUCUCUCCCUCUGUUGCAAGAUACCUUGAUUCAUAUUUUAUGUGAUGUGCUUUUUCAGUCAACUUAGAAUGGGUAGUUUAAUUUGUACUGUCAUAUGUAGAUAUCUGGGCAAUGAUUGGGAACAGCAACAGGUCAGGAAGUAGCAUAUUUGGAGCCGUAAUUAAGCACAAGGACACCUGCAGCCAAAGUGAGGGAAUGGAAUUUGAGUCUGAUUGGACCAAGCAUCACAAAUCAUCAGCCUCCACUGCUCAAGCCAUACGUUCUGCAACAUCAUUCAUGCCUUGGUCUUGUAAGAUAUCCAGAAGCGAAGGAUUUCACGAAUUUCUUUAAUCGGAAGCUAACACUUCUACUUGAAAUCGAUCUAUUUAGUUGAAGAAUUAUCAUCAUGCUGUUAUCAAUCCUCAUUGAGAUGUUAUAGUUCAAGAAAUGCCUUGUUUUGUUUACGGGAAGAAGAGGACUACGGGUUCAAAUAUGUGUUUCACUACCAACCCUGUCGUUGAGGCACAGGAUACUACUCAAUCUCAUUUUCAAGGCGGAUCCCGCUCAGUCUCAUCCAAGUUCUCUGAUGAUUUCUGUGUUACCACUCCCAUCUUGCCAGGAUUGCCUGAUGAUGUUGCCAUGUAUUGUCUUGCGCUGGUUCCUCGAUCUAAUUUCCCCGUGAUGGGUAGUGUUUGCAAACGAUGGAGGUCUUUCAUUCGAAGUAAGGAAUUUAUAAUAGUCCGAAAGUUGGCUGGCAUGCUGGAGGAGUGGCUUUAUGUCCUGAGUGUCGACCCUCACGGAAAUGGCGGCAGCCGCUGGGAGGUUUUGGAUUGCUCGGGACAAAAACACCUUGAACUCCCAAUAAUGCCAGGUCCCGUCAAGGUUGGUUUUGGUGUGGUAGUUCUAGAUGGGAAGCUUCUCAUAGUUGCUGGCUGUACUGUUGCUGAUGGAGGAGCUAUCUCUCCCUCUCCUGAUGUUUAUCAAUAUGAUUCUUGCCUGAACAGCUGGAGCAAAUUACCAGACAUGAAUGUCCCGCGCUAUGAUUUUGCUUGUGCGGAGGUAAACGGCAUGGUCUAUGCUGUCGGAGGCUAUGGUAUAGGUGGGGAGUCCCUCUCCUGUGCUGAAAUGUAUGACCCUAUUACCAACAAGUGGACUAUGAUUGAGCCUCUUCGUCGCCCUAGGUGGGGAUGCUUCGCAUUCGGGUUGGAAGGGAAACUUUACGUGAUGGGAGGCAGGUCUAGCUUUACAAUUGGCAAUUCAAGGUUUGUUGAUGUCUACAAUACCAAUAUGCACGCUUGGCACGAGAUGAAGAAUGGUUGUGUCAUGGUUACUGCUCAUGCGGUCCUGGGCAAUAAACUUUUUUGCAUCGAAUGGAAAAACCAGCGUAAACUGGCUAUAUUCGACUCUGACGAUAAUUCGUGGAAGAUGGUGCCGGUUCCUGUGACGGGAAGCACGAGCAUUCGGUUUCAGUUCGGCAUACUGGAUGGAAAGCUUCUUUUAUUUCCCCUACAAGAGGCUCCUGGUUACAUAACCCUAUUAUAUGAUCCAAAUGCAGCCCCAGGAUCAGAAUGGCAGACUUCUGGUAUCAAACCAGCUGGAUCGUGCGUGUGCAGCGUGACCAUCAAGGUAUAAUAAAAAUCUAAAUUAAUUCCAGGAGAAAGAUACCAUUGAUGGAUCUUUCUAAUGCCAUUGUUUGGAAUUGAAUCCAAGUGAAGGAUUUUAUUUCUGCAACCGAAACUGUGAUACGUGAUGUGUUGUUGUAUGUGGUUAAUUUCUUAACUGAUAAAUUACUCUGUGUAUUCGUGGACAUUAAGUUGUCUGUGAUGGAAGUUGGAACCAUAGAGGCUAGAGCUUAGAACUUGCAGCUGCCAGUCUCUGGUUUAGAUUACGAUUCAUGCUGAAGUAUUUACGUGUGGUGUUGUAACAGUUACAAAUACUGAAUGAAAUUGUAGUUACAACUAUAGUUUGCAAUACUUUUUUGACCUUUUGGAUUUCAUCAGUUGUGAUUUGUAAUUUUGUAACUCUUCUGUAUUAACAUUCUCCUUCAUAUUAUGGUAUAACGCGGAUGCUUCUUUUGCCAUUAAAUAAAUCUCUUACAAACAACGUUUAAAGUUCAAACAGA